UAAAACUGAAAUGGGAGAAGAAUACAAUAAGAAUUACUGGAUAUUCAUUGUUGCUGUCACAUUAUUCGUGUUUUUUCUUCUGUAUCGACGAAAUCGGAGUACGAAAAUUCACAAGGUAUCAGUAAAAUUGCCACCAGGAUCAAAUGGAUGGCCUUUAAUUGGUGAUGGACUCAAAUGGUACAAUUCUGUAUCAAGUUCUCAUCCACCUAAAUAUGUCGAGGAUCAAAUUAAUCGGCACGGGAAAAUAUUCUCAUGUAGUAUUUUUGGUAGACGAGCAGUGGUUUCUGCUGAUCCGGCAUUCAAUCGUUUCAUCAUGCAAAAUGAAGGGAAGUUGUUCAAAUCAAGUUAUCCGAAAUCAUUCAGGGAUUUAGUCGGCAAAAAUGGAAUUAUAGUUGUUCAAGGCGAGCAGCAAAGGAAGCUCCAUGGCAUUGCUACUAACAUGCUUAGAUUAGAUAAAUUGAAUUCGACUUUCUUGAGAGAUGUUCAGAUUGUCAUGCUUCGAACUUUAGACUCUUUUCAUGCCGGUCAAGUUCUUGUCCUUCAGGAUGUUUGUCGAAAGGUGGCUAUCGAUUUGAUGGUUAAUCAAUUGCUCGGUGUUUCUAAUGAGUCUGAGAUCGAUGAAAUGGCGCACUUGUUUUCCGAUUUUGUUGAUGGUUGCCUUUCUAUCCCAAUCAAAUUGCCGGGUUUUUCCUAUCACACUGCAAUGAAGGCACGGGAAACUAUUAUAAGAAAGAUCAAGAAGAUAACUGAGACCACGGGGGUGCUACCACGACCGGAAAUGAAAAAUGGUGUGCUUGGAAGACUAGUAGAAGAAGAGAAUUUAUCUGAUGAUGCUAUUGCUGACUUUAUUAUAAAUCUAUUGUUUGCCGGAAAUGAGACAACAGCAAAGACGAUGCUCUUUGCUGUUUAUUUCCUCACUCACUGCCACAAAGCACUAGAACAAUUAGUGAAUGAACAUGAGAGCACAAGGAAAAGCCGAGCGAAGAUGCUUGAGUGGGAGGAUUACAAAGCGAUGCCAUUCACUCAAUGUGUCAUUGCCGAAACUCUUAGGCUUGGAGGCAUUGCAAUUUGGUUGAUGAGAGAAGCAAAAGAUGAUGUUCAUUAUCAAGACUUCAUUGUACCGAAGGGAUUCUUUGUAGUUCCUUUUCUUUCGGCAGUACACCUCAAUGAGAACUUGUACAAAGGAGCUCUAGAUUUCAAUCCAUGGAGAUGGAUGGAUGAAAACAAUAAGGAAACCUGUAAUUGGAGAACAGACCCAAUUUUUACUCCUUUCGGCGGAGGUGCUCGGUACUGCCCAGGAGCUGAACUAGCCAGGCUUCAGAUUUCGAGCUUCUUGCAUUACUUUGUUACAAAGUACAGAUGGAUACAACUCAAAGACGAUAGAAUGUCGUUCUUUCCUUCGGCUCGUUUAGUCAAUGGAUUCCAAAUUCGAAUAACCGAAACAUUGAAAUAAAAUUUUG